AUGAGUGUGACUCCAUAUAUAGCUGGUUUAACAAACAAAAAUCUUUUCUUGAUCGAAUUUCAAGAACCAUACACGGAGAAAAUUUUUAGAGAUGAGAAUACACCGAAUAUUCGUAGCAUAAUUUACAGUCCUAAAGGCAAAUAUCUCGCUUAUAGGACAGACAAAAAGGCUGAAAUAAUAAAAUGUGCUGAUUGGUCUGUAGCGGGUACAAUCAAUGGCAACAUCAAGGAUAUGUUCUUUUCUCCAUUGGACAAUUAUUUUACAGUUUGGGAAAUGUUUUUGAUAACAAAAGAAGAUCCCCAGGGUAAACCAAACUUACAUGUGUAUAAGUCAGCUAAUGGUGAAAAAAUUGGAUCUUUUACACAAAAGCAUCAAACAGGCUGGGAGCCAAAUUGGUCAUCAGAUGAGAAGUUGUUUGCCAUACAAAUUAGUGGUAAAGUUUUAAUAUAUGAAGACGGAAAAUUGGAGAGGUAUACACAACAGAUCCAAGCAGAAAAACUUAAAUGUUUUAGCUUAUCUCCAUGUCCCUCGCCUACAUAUUACUUUUCUAUAUUUACAUUGGGUAAACCUGGCCAACCAUCUUUUUGGCGUGUGUUUAAGUAUCCCCAGUUCGACAUUAACCAGGCAGUGAUAAGUCGGUCCUCAUUUCAAGCUGACAAAGCCACCUUCCAUUGGAACAAACGCGGUACAAAUGUGUUUACCAUGACACAAACUGAUGUGGACAAAACCGGAGGGUCCUAUUAUGGAAAGCAAACACUGUCCUAUGGCGAUGUAAAGGGCAAUGCGGGAAAUGUUGCUUUUAGCAAGGAGGGUCCCAUUCACGCCAUCGCUUGGAAUCCGGGCAACUGGAACGAAUGGGUGGCGGUGUACGGUCACGCACCGGCGAAAGCGACGCUUUUCAACGCCAAGUGUGAGCCGCUCUUCGAGUUCGGCACCGGCGCCUGGAACGCCAUCUACUUCCCGCCCGAAGGGCACAUAGUCCUGUUGGGAGGUUUCGGUAACAUAGCGACAGGGCAUAUAGAAGUUUGGGAUGUGCGAGGCUAUAGGAAGUUGGGCGCCUGCUCGGCUCCAGACACCACUAGUUUGCAAUGGGACCCACGCGGUGAGACUUUCAUCACAGCCACCACGUACCCACGCCUGACCGUUGGUAAUGGAUACAAAAUUUGGCACUACACCGGCGCGCUGAUGCACAAGCGGGUCUGCGAAGAGAAGGAGAACCUGCUCUCCAUCGCGUGGCAGCCGGGCACGUUCGCCAAGAGCGAGCUCUCAAAGAGCGCGCCGAAGGGCAUCGAAGCGGCCGCCGCGAAGCCAGCGGCCGCCUACAGACCGCCCGGGGCGAGGAACAAGCCCUCCAACUUCACACUCCACGAGCACGAGAAGCCGCAUCGGCCCGGCCAGAACACCAAUGUCACGCCCUCCAAACAAGCCAUUAAGCAGAAAGAGAAGCGUGAAGCACGGAAGGCCCGCAAAGCUGAGGAGAAGACAGGGGAGGACGCUUCGCCGACACACACCUCCGCGCCCUCUACGACUCGGGCGCCGUUCGUCUCUACAGGCGAUCCAGAAAAGGAUAAGAAAAUUAAAAACAUAAAUAAAAAACUAAGCGACAUUGAUAAGCUGAAGCAACAGAAAGCUGCUGGAAAGCCACUUGAACUCAACCAGCUCGCUAAGAUAGACAAUGAACAGGCUCUACUACAGGAAUUAGCGCAACUCAAGUUA